GAUUCCAUGUUUGUGUAUCCUAAAAUGAAGUAUUACCAAUUUGUAGUGGCAAAAAUGGUUAGCAAAAGGCAGUAAGAAGUGAAAAAUUGCUGCUGCAAAUCUCGGAAAUGGAUGGCAAAAGAUUUGGCAAACAAAAUCAAAAGCGCAAUAAUCAAUCAGCUGCUGGUAGAAACAAUUUCAAAAUAAAACGGAAGUCUACCAAUGAUUUUAAUAGUUUCAAGAAUAACCAGAAAAGACGUAAAAACAUGCCAAAUGUUGUUUUAAAAAAAGAUCAGAAUUCUGGCAAAAAAGGCCUUGCUCAGAAACGAACUGAGUUGAAGAGGUUUCAAGCAUCCAUUGGUGGUAAAAAGAACGCCUCGAGAAAUAGUCAACUUUCUCGACAACGCUUUUUGAACAGACCGCAACAAAAAAGUAACAACUCUAAGAAAACUCAAGGUGUAUCAAACAAUGGUAGUUUAAAACUGUUUACAAAAACAUUUGAUGCAAGAAGAAGAAUUGAAUCAAAGCGAAAACACGGUGAUAAGGGAGGAACAACAGCCCUAAAAGCUGAUUCAAAGGCCAUAUUAGCAGAAGCAAGAGAACAAAUGAGGGAUGCAACAUUAGCCAAGAAAAGAGCAAUGUCUGUCAUUGGUGAUCAAAUAAAAAUAAUUUCAAAAGUCCAAGCAGAAGAUGAACGGAGAGCCUCCUUUACAGGCACAUCUUUGAAAGUGACAACCCUGCAAACAAAUGCUGACAGACUGAAACACAGGGAGACUUUACAAUCUGGUAGUUCAUUAUUGAUUACAGCAAAAAAAGGAGAAGAUGAUACAGCAGAGGAAGUGAGUGAGUACAGCCGAUUUGAAGCCAGGAGGAAGGCUGCACUUUCAUCAAAACCUGCUGCAGAAAAUGAUCGACCAAAGUUGUCUUCUUUAAACCCAAUCUCAAGGCCAACAAAUUUCCAGCCUGCUUACCACAUGGAGGAGGAAACAAGCCACCAUAUGAGUAACUCUUCAAAGAUUUCAAUCUCAAACCUCCACCCUAAUGUUACACAUGAUGACAUUUAUGAAUUAUUCUCUGCAGUGGGUCCAUUGAAGAAUGCCCGUCUGACCCGUCCUGGAGUAGCAGAAAUCAUCUACCGCACUCCGGAACAUGCAGCAGCUGCUUAUAAGAAAUACCACGGCCGGAAUCUUGAUGGACAGCCUAUGAUCUGCAAGAUUACUCCUUCAGAGCAAACCAUUUAUUCGCCACCGACAUCUCGGCCACCUCGAGGUUCCCCCGUACUGCCACCAAAAUCACCCUCUACGAAACCGGUAGUCUUUACCGUCAAGAUCUAAUCGAUGCAUGGGCCUAGUUGUGCAGUUCUGUUUUGGUUUCUCGUUGGGUUUACAGCAUAUGGAUAUUUUGGAUGAAAUUAUUCGUGACAUCAGGUGACAUCUUUAAUGGACUGUUUGCACGUUACCUCGGAGUUACAAUUAUCUUUGCAGUUAUAGAAUUAGCGUCACAUAAAAUUGGAACAAAUUCAGCUACUAAGGAGAAAUAACCAGAGGGAAAUUCACAAUAAGUUAUUCAGGGAAACGAAUUACCGAAUUUUUGUUGUUUCCUUUGAGAAAUACCCACAGAUGUGCACAGAAACUGAUUAGAAACCGGAUAAGAGAGGGCACGAAAACUGAUUUUGAUAGCAACGAGCAGGAUGAGAAUAUGGUGUACCAACAAGCCACUUUUUUAAAAAAAAUGUUUUUAUAAAUAAUUUAGCUUACUAUGCAGAUAAUACUCUUGCAGGGGUAACGAACUAACCAACAAUGUAACGUUUGCUCACCAACUUAAAUCACAUGACCAAACCAAGAAAUAUUACCCUCACGUUGUUUUGAAUGGACAUCAUGUGAAAUACAGGAUUUGCUUGUUUGAUCCAGACAGACUUAUUUCAAGCCUUUUGAAAAUUGUUAAGUCUUUAACGUGAUAGUGGUGUACCACGUACCACUGGAAUUGCAUCAAAAAUUGCGCAUUUGCAUAAACAGGCUUAUAUAGGUUAUCGCUGAAAUUUUGGCAUUCCGUUUCUUACAUUUGUUAAUUACGAAUACCUUAGUUCAUAUGAAGCUAGCCUGUUAUCUUAGACUGGUACCAUACCGUAACAAUCUAAUUCUAAAGGCUGUCAAACUUUUAAAAGCUGAUUCUAGUUCAGAUUUUAAUGUAGAUUCCGAAUUUUGCUAUUACCAAUUGAAACCUCAAGCGGAAGCUCAAUUUUCGAAAGCUGGACAAUGAAGAUUGCCAAGCACUUUGUUACAUAUACUGGUUACUCAUUUCAAUGAAAUUUCGACUACAAACUACAUCAUUAUUUGUACUUCUCAAUGAAACACGACAAUUCGAGAUGAUGACGUCAUCACAAAAAUUGAAAAGUGGCUAAAAUUAUCUUGCUAUAUGUCAUUUGAAAGGUCUUGAUGUCCUCUAUUCAGAAAUCUAUAUUGUUGGCUUUUGCUCGAAAUAUAAGGUAGGAGGAGUGUAACACGUGUUGCGAGUUGACAUUUUAUGACGUCAUCAAAAAUUGAAAUUCCCUUUUAGAUUUCAAUUGGUAAUAGCAAAAUUCGGAAUCUCUACAUCAAAAUCUGAUUUAGUGUCAGCUUUUAAAGGUUUGACAGCCUUUCUAUCUCAGACAUACCAGUCUAUCUAUCUCAGACGGCUUAAACGAAUAAAAAGAUGCUCUUAGAGAUCGUUUUUUGUCUUUGUGGCAUUUUGUUUUUUUUAUGCGUGUCAAACGCCAUUACGUACUUAUCAAAGAGCGGUUAGAGCUAAAUUUUUAGGAUUAUAGCCUUUUCAAAUGCUUUUUCCGACAAGCUUGCUUGCAAAUUUACUCACAGAAAGCAUAACUUGGCGAUAAUGAACUUUUUUCAGGUCAAAUACCUCAUUUCCCUUAUCUACAAAUUUACCUUAAAAGUUCGAAGCAAGGAUUUUAUCGUUAGAACUUGUUAUUAGGUACUUUCAGACUUAUAUAAAAGCGGUUGCGUUUAAAAAAUUGAAAGAAACAGGAUAUUUUUGUCUCCACCUA